AUGGCGUUCGUCGAUUCUGAGUCGCACCCUCCACACUAUUCCUCGAACGCGAAGGCCAUCACACCCGACUGCAUAUUGCCACAGCAACUGCGAUACGCGUUCAUCCAGAAGGGUUCCACCAAGCGUUUCAUUGAUAUGAAGGGAGCCAUCCAGCCCGUACAAGGUAUCUGGUGUGGGACCCUGGCCGGCAAGGCUGGUGCACCAUUCAUACUCGGUGGGGACGAGGAUAGGAAUCAUACAAGCCCAUGUACCACGUCAUGGCACAGGAGCCGCGCGAGUACCGACAAGUCCGUCGCUUCCCCGGCGAUUGGCAUGUGCUGUUUGUUGCAAGUGGCCAAGGCCAUGCAUUGGCGGUACUGGGGUGCUGGCGUGGAGUUCGUGGCGAAGGAUUUGGGCACAGACGGGUCGAAGUCGGGGGAGGGGAGCAACUACCGUCGGGCCCACCACCACAAAACGGCGUUUUGGGCGGUGUUUAUGGCUCUGUGUCGACAGGAAUACUUGAAGAGUUUGCCGACGCCAGGUGACAGACCGGUGGAAGAGGGCAAGGUGGUCGACGGGGUAGUUCGGUGGAUAGUGGCACGGGCGGAGUCUUACAAGACUUUCUCUGUGUGGAAGCAGUUCCUCCUCCUCGACUACCCUGCGUACAUCGCCUUCCGAACUACCCUGCGUACGGGGAACUUAAGGCUAAGGCUUGAAGGCCUUCGCCAUCAUCUGACGGAGGUGUCGCGUUAUUCGCGCAAUGAUAUGAGGGUCAUAUCCGAGCUAUUCUCCGUCUCACUCGGCCCUGACACGUUUGCACGAAUCGGCUUGGACGAGCGGCAGGAGGUGUCCAAUCGUCUCUAUAAGACAUUGACGAAAAGGGUCCUUUCGAGCACGAUAGAAAAGCUGGCACCGAUUACCCAGCUGCGUGAAGUCGUCAUCUUCGACUUCGAAUCGCACUUGAUCGAGAAACCACGCAUGGAAAGGGACCGUUGCAGAGAGUUGGCGGUGAAACAAAAGCUGGCACCGAUUACCCAGCUGCGUGAAGUCGUCAUCUUCGACUUCGAAUCGCACUUGAUCGAGAAACCACGCAUGGAAAGGGACCGUUGCAGAGAGUUGGCGGUGAAACGUGCACCAGCAGUCAGGGCGGCGAUAGACUGCUUGAGAGAGAGCCCGGCAUUUGAAGGCGACGAUGGCAAGGACAAGGUCGUGGCGUUGGACGGGAGAGUGUUUCCGCCGGUCAAGUGGCAAGAUAUUCUCGACUCGUCCGCUAAGGCUCGUGCAAAAAUGCGCGAGUGUGGCGCCACCAAGGAGAAGAUUUUAUCCAUCCCGGCUAGGAACAGCAUCAACAAGGCCACGAAGAGUCAAGGGAGGUCGUCUGCGCUCAAGGAUUCCGUUGGUAAUCCCUACGCUGCGGAGCAACAGUGGAAGGCCCUCACGCUGAACAUGUUCGAUGCGGCCAGAGAAGGUCGGGGUGUGGUAGCGCAAGACCAGAUGCUGGAAAUGGUGGCGUCCAUAGGAGCGGCCACGCCGUACAGCAUGGCCAACGCGACGGGAGGUGAGGAAGAGAGCGUGCGAAAUACAGGCUGUCAUCUCGUGCUUUCGCUCCCAGCCGAAGCUCACCCACUUUCCAUACCCGUGUUUCUGAGUGUUAUUAUCAUAGUGCAUACCACAUCACAUUGUGUUCACCCCCACCCCCCCAUCCCCAAACACCCCUGUUGGAAAUCUCGCCCGAAACGCAUCAGGAGCCAAGANACGCCGUACAGCAUGGCCAACGCGACGGGAGGUCCAGGGAAAUGGGUCAGAGAGCAUUGUGCCGAUGGGUUCGCAGACGACCCGUUUUACGACGCCGACGCUCAUGGCGUGGAUCUUCCCGUGUCAAUCCACCAAGGGGUGCACCCGGUAUAUCUCGAGAAGGGAACAGCGGGAAUAAUCGACUACUUCAACAGGCAGCUGUUGUCGAAGUGGCUGCAGUCAACCGAGCUACUCCUGGUGUGCUACGACCGACAGGAACUGGUGCCGGUAAUCAAAGGACAAGGGCAGCUUGGGAGCACCGAGAAACUUGGUGAGAAACUUGGUGAGUGCUCUCGGACCUUCGACCCGAAGUCAACGGACCCUGUUCCUUCGUUACAGUAUGAACCAUGGCUUCGAGCCGAUGGCAAGGCUGGGCGGGACGGAAUCGCCGCCUACCUCGCCAUGCGCUUGCUAGCUGAUGAAGUCUGGACCGGCGACACCAAGCCGAACGGAAUCGUCGCAUUAUAUGGCGUCGGAGAUGAGCCUGGUCUGAGUGCUGAUCAUCCAGCUGGUGUAGAUGCGGAGGGCGUAGGCCUUGAGAUGGGAGAGAUAGGUGCCACGGAGGCUCUUUCCGGAACCGAACCACUCCUUCACUUUCGAAACGGAAACGACCCUAGCCCUGGCGUCAAGCGGCAGCGAGGGCCAGACAUCGGCGAGGCGGAGCUCUCCGUGAUACACUUCAUCCCGAACGGAAUCGUCGCAUUAUAUGGCGUCGGAGAUGAGCCUGGUCUGAGUGCUGAUCAUCCAGCUGGUGUAGAUGCGGAGGGCGUAGGCCUUGAGAUGGGAGAGAUAGGUGCCACGGAGGCUCUUUCCGGAACCGAACCACUCCUUCACUUUCGAAACGGAAACGACCCUAGCCCUGGCGUCAAGCGGCAGCGAGGGCCAGACAUCGGCGAGGCGGAGCUCUCCGUGAUACACUUCAUCGUUUGGGCGAAGAAGAAAUGGGGGAAAUGCUUCGACAAGAGCAUCGUUUCAUCGGUAGACACGGACCUAUGGAUGAUCAUUCUACUGGCGAUGACCACUGGUUGGCUUCGGCCUCGUGGCGAGGGGGCGGUUGAUAUGACCGUCCAGAAGGUCGUGGGUGGCGAGACCAAGUUCCUGUGGAUGAACAGAGUAUUCGCCAGCAUCUGCGAACUCCACGACGGAAGCGAGUCCGCGUGGCCGCUAUUGACCUUCAGGGGCUGGAUUCCCACGGACAACGACAAGAGCGUGCGGACGGAGGGUUUGUUUGACAAGCCGCUGUUCUUCGAGGAGCAGGAUGGCACGUGGGCCGUGCAUGUCGACGAAUGCGCGAAGCUUUUGGCGACCAUGUUCUUGAACAAGGAUGAAGUGCCGUUUGGCACUGCUCAUUUGACUCCAUCCCAGCUGAUCGAAAGCGUUGACGGCGACAUCGAGGGCUACGUGAACGUGAUCCCCUACGCCAUCCUCCAACUCUCCAAGAAGGAGACGACAGCCACCUGUCCUUUUUUUUUUCCUUGCGCAAGCAGGCGGAACGAGGAAUCGCAUGGAGCGGAACAGAACCACGUGGAGGCGGGGACCCCCGAGUCGCCUGCGAGCAAGGACGUUUUCGCCGGCGAGGCCGCGGAACCUACGAGCGCAGAGUUAGAGGACCCCGAGGCGGACGAGAACGGCGACGGUUCGGUCGGUGCACUCGACGAUUGGAUCAAGUUGGAUUCGAGCGAAUCAGACUCCAGCGAUGGGGAACCUGACGGGGUGAGCGAGAAGAGCGUCGACUGCAACUGGAGUGACGGAGACACAGAUGAUGGUGUUGCGGAUCUCGUAACCGACGCCUGGAACUGAGAUCGGGCUACUUCUUCAGGCAGGUCCGUCCGUGCUUCACUUCCCAUCCGUCCACGAAAUACGACGACCCCGGGGUACGAGGUAUCAGACGGACGAACAACGCGCGCGUUUUAUCCCCUGUAUUUCCCUACCCAGUUGCGCAGUGAGGUGGACGGGGGGGAUUAUUUUUCGGUCGCGCUGGGUGCCCAUUAUUUUAGUGGCAUAGUGUUUUGUUAGUCGCAAACUGCCUGAAAGGUGUGGGCAACCCGGGGGGAGCAGUCUUGUGUGCCGUGUUCGUGUUGAUCAAUUUCCCUGAGUGCCGCUGCCGUGAUACGGUCGCUACUCCAUCCUCUCAUAGUUGUUUUCUCCGGGAUUCCGGAGAGUUGUACUACUGCUGGGUGAGGGCCCCUAGUCAACGGGCACAAGUGUGUGCGGUGCAACACCGCAGCAGGAGAGGGGGGCACCUCAACAGCAGUUUCAGUUCAAAUCUAGCUGACCCCAUUCAAGAGUAGUACUCCACGUGUAGUACGUCUUGCAGCACCAUUCUAAGUGCUGUACAACCGCAAGAUCAGCAGCUACAGUUGAGGCCCGCACGUAAGAACCUCCUAUUUUGAGCGAGGCUCAGUUCUUUUUGGCUGCCCCAACCCGACCACGUGUUCUUAUUGGCCAUGUUCUUAUUUCGCCGUCCCAUUUUUCUCAAGCGAAAUGUCCUUGGCCCACUUUACGAAUGUUGCUGUAGUGAACCUUGAGACGAUCCUCUAAGUACUGAAGAGGCGUGUGCUCCUCGUCCUUCCAGAGGUCCGCGGCGUUGUCCUCGAGGAUGCGCAGGUCGUUGACAGCAUUGGCUUUGAACCUAUAGACUAGUCGUAUCGCCUGCGCUUGGGAGCUCCACGAGUUUCCUUGGUUUCGCGGUCCAUAAAACCGUCGCUUUCCAAGUCUAGAUCGAGAAAGCGCUUCCGCUGGAGGACAAACGAAGCCGCCCCCGUCGCAUCAUCGACCUUCACGUGCUAACAACGCCCAGGCCCGGCUUCUUCCCACGGCAGGACACGCCCUUCGAGAUUCUUCCGUAGCAUCUGCCGCAGCCGCACGCCGUUGGACACGUUUGCACUGCUGUGCUGCGUUCUCACGUGGAUCCCAAGGCCUUGCUCGUUCACGAAGGUCAUGGGACAGUGAGGGCAGGAUCGGCGGGACUCCGGGGCCGGAGGCGGGAAGCUGAUACCGGAUACGAACUCUUUCACUCCACCACGAGUCCGCUCAAUCUGCUCGGUGCGAUGGGAAAGGGCGGAAUUGCCGUGUAGGGGAUUCAACGAGCCAUGUGACGUGUCAGUCGCUCUUAGUUGAGGCGCUGUUGAAUUCAAACUUCCGUGGAUGCCGCUGGCAAAAGUAUCUAUGCACUCUGAACGAAUACUG